AUGAAACCCGAGGCAGCUGCUGGAGCCCGGGAGGCGCGGGGUCGCGUCUGUCACUGCCCCGCGGACGGUCCCCGGAGGUCACCGUCGCCGCGCGGGCCCGAGAGCCCCACACCCUGGAGACCUUGGAUCCUGACACCCCAAGAUGCCGAGCGGACCAGAACUGCAAGCGGGCUUGAGCCUGGGGGUGACCAACAAACUUCUGGAUCAAAGGGGGCCUUUGGGUUUCAGCAUCCCGUAAGACUUUAUUUACCCAUUUCAAAGCGUCAAGAAUAUCUGCAGAGUUCUGGGGAAAAAGUGCUGGCCAGUUUCCCGGUUCAAGCCACGAUUCACUUCUACAACGACGAAUCCGAUUCGGAGGAUGGAGAGCACGAGGAAGAAACCCAGCUCCUUCCCCAGGAGGCGAAGGGACCGGUGGCAAAUGGCCCGGGAGGAACAGGCAGAGACCGGCUGACACAGCCAGCACCAAGAUCUGAAGGACACAGGGAUCUGCGUCAUCAGGGUCAGCUCCCACAUGGUGACUCUCCCGGGGGUGCUGAGUGCUCCUCAUCCAAAUAA